CCAAACCCAAACCCAAAAGCAGAAUAGUCUUUCCCUCCAAAACCCCUCACCUUCUUCACAACCAGACCCAUUAACCUUUUUAAAUCCAAGCUGUUAACUAAAACCCAAAAGCAGAAUACAGAAGAAAAAAAAAAAGCUUCUCUGUAAUGGAACAGCUUCACCGACUCUACAAUACCCAUGUAAAGCUUUUGGCUUUUGACCUCUUCUCUCUCACCCAAACCCCUUCUCUUUCUCCCUCAGACCCCAUUUCCUUUUCUCGCAGAGGCACCUUUUUUUUCCGUGCCGAGACCGUCGGCACCAUCACCUCCCGGGAACUCAAACCCAACAAAUUCCUCAAAUUCACUGUUGAUGAUGGCACCGGCUGCAUUGUCUGCGUCCUCUGGCUCAACCACCUUGUGUCGCCUUACUUCUCCCGCUGCAGCCCGCCAAGUGUUCGACUAAUUGCCCAAAUGGCGAGUCAUUUCGCGGCAGAGGUUAGGCUUGGGGUAGUGGCAAGAGUACGUGGGAGGAUCACGAGUUACCGUGGCGCGGUGCAAAUCACGGUGUCGGAUGUGGUGGUGGAGAGGGACCCCAAUGUGGAGACAUUGCAUUGGUUGGAAUGUAUGAGUUUGGCAAGCAAGUGUUAUGAUGUUAGGCCCUCUUAGAAGGUAGUGGUUAUUCAUUUCAAUGUUUUUUUUGAAUUUGGUGAAAUGGGUUUUAUUUUUUAAUUUGAUUUUUACAUGAAAAGUUUGAGUUACAUGUGUAGUUUGUUCAAAGAAUUAGUUCUUAAAAUUUUCUAUUUGGGUUUCAUUUUUAAGCCUGGUUUACGAGUCUUAUUGAACCUAUUGAUAAUUAUUUACCAUUCCAACUUUUAGAAUGUUUUUGGGUUUUAAGUAUAAUUCUAUAGAAUCUAACUAGGAAUUAUGAUCAUUGGUAUGAAUCUCUAUCUUGGGCAGUGCUAACAUGAAUUUCAACUUAUAGUUGAAAUUCUUUAUUAUAUUUGCAUUAUUGUC